AUACAAUGAAGUUUAUAUGCAUGACAUGUUUGGCUUAACAAGUUAGAACAGCCAGUUGUACCACUUUCUAAAUCCACGUCACAGCAUAGUAAUCAUUGUUUUGUAGUUACAGGAACAGUUCCUUUUUUUUCACUUUCGAUCCUUAAAAAAUGACAAAUCAAGACUUGAACCAGUCUAUUGGUCAACUGUUUAUGUGUGGAUUUGAUGGUCUUGAACCUACCAAGGGCAUAUUGGAUUUAAUACGUGACCAUCAUCUUGGCUCCAUCAUUCUAUUUUCGCGUAAUAUAGAGUCUCCUGAACAAGUGCAACGUUUGACUCGCAUUUUACAACAAGCAGCUAAAGAAGCUGGACAUACGCACCCUCUUUUGAUUGCUGUUGAUCAAGAGAAUGGUGUAGUGCGUCGCUUGGGAUCAAGCGGUACUUAUGUGCCAGGCAAUAUGGCCUUGGGCGCACUCAACUCUACCAGCAACGCCUAUCAAGUCGCUACAGCUACAGCCAAAGAGUUAUUGGCGUUAGGAAUUAACUGGAAUUUAGCUCCUAUCGUCGAUGUCAACAAUAACCCAUUGAAUCCUGUAAUUGGUGUCAGAAGCUUUGGUGAAGACCCUGAGCUGGUGACACGGUUAGGUAUGGCUCAAGUAGAAGGCUACCAGAAGCAUGGCGUGGUCACAAGCGUAAAGCAUUUUCCUGGUCAUGGUGAUACAUCCGUUGAUUCUCAUCUUGGUUUGCCUGUGAUUGACAAGUCAUUCAAGGAUCUACAGAAAACAGAACUUGUACCUUUCGUUCAUGCUAUCAAAGCUCAAGAUGCAACUUGUCCCACAUCUGUUAUGGUGGCUCAUAUUGCUUUGCCUCAACUUACGAAACAAAAAGAUUUGCCUGCUAGCAUUUCCUCAGACAUUGUCACUGAUCUUUUGCGAGACCGCCUAGGAUACAAAGGCGUUAUUAUCACUGAUUGUUGUGAAAUGAAUGCUAUCAAGGAUACAGUGGGAUCAGCUCGAGGUGCUGUCAUGGCUUUACAAGCUGGAAACGAUAUUAGCAUGAUUUCGCAUACCUUGGCCUUUCAACAAGAAGCUUUUCAUCUAUUGAGACGGGAAUUACAAGAUGGGAACAUAAGCCAAGAUGCUGUGAUGGCUUCUUUAGAUCGCAUAGUCACCUUAAAGAACAAAUACCUGAGCUGGGACGACGCCUUGAAAGAACAUGAUCUCAGUAUCAUUGGCUGUCAAGAGCACAGAGAAUUGAGUUACCGUCUUUACGAUAAGAUACCUACCAUUGUGCGCGACAACACACAUGUGUUACCGAUUCGCCCUACUGAAGAUCAAAAAAUUCUUUUCCUAGCAGCACACGUACCGCUUACAUUGGCCAUUGAUUCAGAAAAAGAGCCAUUCGAUUCAAUGUAUAGGUCACUACAGCGUCGACAUAACAAUACAGAAUAUAUCAUUUAUCAUGCAGAUACACCCCAAGAUUUGACUGAAAAGAUGACUACGGCUGACUAUGUUAUUGUUGGCACGGCCAAUGCUAACUUGCAUCUGUUUCAGUCUAAACUAGUACAAUCAGCCCUUGAGCAUGCUGAAAAGCUUAUUGUGGUUGCUGUCAUUAAUCCCUAUGAUUUAAUGGUGUUUCCUCAGGUGGACACAUUUAUAGUUACAUAUGAAUACACACCUCCAGCACAUGAAGCAUUUGUUCGCCUCGUAUUUGGUGAAAUUGAAACACAUAGCAAGUUACCAGUCACUAUUCCAAACACUAAUAGUACCUCAAAGCAUGAGUUUGAUAUACAACCCUUUCAUUUUUCAACACAAGAACUAAGCUUGGCCUAUGAGCUUUGGAACACAAUUUAUGCUAAUACCUGGCCACUUGCAUUUGAAAGAUUCUGCAUGAUUCUUUCUCAGUUACAACAGCCAUAUCAUGUUGCAAUGUAUGACAAGGAUCAACUUGUUGCUUUUGCUGCUACACAAACCCUUGAAGCGGAAAAUGCUGGCCAACUAGCUCUUUUGAUGGUACAUCCUGAUUAUCGUCAAAAAGGCCUUGGCACUCGACUGAACGACCAUUGCCUAGAACGGUUUCGUCAACAUGGUUCGUCCGUCAUGCUUGGCUCAGGCUAUCCUCGUUUCUUUUGUGGGGUUCCAAAUGAUGAUGUAGGGCAACAAGCACACAACUUCUUCAAACAUCGCGGAUAUGCUUUGGGCAACACUGUCUGGGACUUGAUGGGCGAUGUAGCUCACUAUGAUAUGCCAGAAGCCAUUCAAUCUCGUAUGAAAGGUAUUUGGUUUGGCAGCAUCAAAAAGGAACAGCUCCAUGAACUACUUGAGUUCCAGUCCAGUUACUUUCCAUAUUGGCUGUCAACAUACAAGCACCAUGCUGAUCUGGGUGACUAUCAGGACUUGAUCGUGGCUCGAGAAUAUGAUGAACAUGGUAAAAUAGUAGGCAGUUUGGUGUUGUUUACCACGGGCACAUCGAGCAAAUUUCGAACAGAUUUAGUUUGGACAGACGAUAGCUUGUUUGGCAUGAAGAGUGGUGGUAUGGCUUGUGUAGGUGUUGCUAGUGAAGAGCGAGGUCGAGGCAUCGGCUUGGGACUCGUUGCAUAUGCUAAUACUGUCUUGAGAAAUCGUGGAGUACAUAAAUCCUAUGUUGAUUGGGUUGAGCUGGUUGAUUUUUAUGGUCGCAUUGGCUAUCAGAAAUGGAGAAGCUAUACACUUGGAGCCAUGAAAUAAACAAACAAUUGCUUGCAGAAAAAAUACACUAAAAAUAGUAAAAAAAAAAGGCCUGUCUUGUCAAUUCAAAUAGAGCCAAUUCUUCACAGCCAUUUCUAAAGAUCAGCGUAACCUUUCUGAGUGAACACAAUGUAAUACACAACAUGCUAUCUAAUGAAACUCGUUAUUACUGAGCCCCUAUAAUAAACAGAACAAGAAACAAUUUACUAUUUCAAAAAAAA